AUGAAAUUCCCGGGCUCGGUGUUGGCGUCCGUAUUCCUGUUCGUGGCCGAGACCACGGUGGCGCUCUACCUGAGCAGCACCUACCAGUCGGCUGGGGACCGCAUGUGGCAGGCGCUGACGCUGCUCUUCUCGCUGCUGCCCUGUGCGAUCGUGCAGCUCACGCUCCUCUUCCUGCACCGCGAUCUCAGUCGCGACCGGCCUCUUGUGUUGCUGCUGCACCUGCUACAGCUCGGGCCCCUCUUCAGGUGUUUUGAAGUGUUCUGCAUCUACUGCCAGUCAGGCCAUGUGGAAGAGCCUUAUGUCAGUAUCACCAAGAAACGACAGAUACCUAAAAAUGGCCUCUCAGAAGAGAUUGAGAGGGAAGUGGGCCAGGCAGAGGGCAAGCUGUUCACCCACCGAUCUGCAUUCAGCCGGGCUUCGGUCAUCCAGGCUUUCCUGGGCUCAGCACCCCAGCUGACCCUGCAGUUAUAUAUAAGCGUAGUGCAGCAGAAUGUCACUGUUGGACGAAAAAAUCUUGGUUGA